AUGGGAAUGCAAACCAUUAACUUAGUUCCCCACGCAACCAACCAAGCCCGAGAAGCCGCCAUCCUCAUCAUCCAGCAGGCCGUCGCCAUUGGCUGGCCACCCUCUCUUUUCGCCCGUUUGUUCCGUUCCCAGGGCUUCCAAACGGUCAACCAUCCAUCUUCGUCGUUUUGUGUUGAACAACGCGUGCUCUCACCAAGCUUGGGAGACGACGUAGCUGGCCUAACAGUGUAG